CAUGGAGGACAUGGGCAUGGAGGCGGUCAUGGGGGCGGGCACGGGGGCGGACAUGGAGGCGGUCAAGUAUUGCACUUGCAUGGAGGCGACCCGUUGCCUAGCGGCGGAGGCGGAGGAGGAUAUGGAGGAGGCGGAGGUUUUGGAGGAGGCCACGAUGAUCACCAUGGAGGAGGUGGAGGAGGCUAUGGCGGAGGUGGUGGAUAUGGAGGAGGAGGCGGUUUUGGAGGAGGUCACGAUGAUCACCAUGACGGUGGAGGAGGAGGAGGAUACGGAGGCGGCGGCGGUUUCGGAGGAGGAGGUGGUUUUGGAGGAGGAGGAGGUCACGAUGAUCACCAUGGCGGUGGAGGCGGUCUAA